CUACGCGGGCAUCUCAGUGGUACAAACUGCCGCCGCUGAGCUCUGCCCAAGUGGUUUGGAGCCUGAAGCUGCCCCCGCGGCAGCUCCACAUCGGGUAUAUUCCGUCCACAGCGUAGAAGAGAAACUCCGGCCCUCUCGGUCUCCCACGUGACCCCUUCCCUUUGUUCCCUAGCGGUACGGUAGGGUGAGGUAGGCGCGUUGGGCGAGAGUGGCCGGUCCACUGCAUAUUCCUUGUGCUUCCCAUAGCCACUAGUGGGCAGUGACUGGGGAGAUAAACCAUGCAGGGGACAUGUUCAUGUAUGUAGCACUGUACAUAACCAGUGAUAUUUCAGGCUCCUUUGGUAAGAACAUCCGCAACGAUGUUAGACGUAUUUUGUGAGUGAGAAGUGUGGUGUUAUCCUCCACCCCUAGGCUCUGGACAAGAUCCGGUACCAGAGUCUGACCGAUCCGACAGUCCUGGAGGCGGAGAAGGAGAUGAAGAUCACCAUUAUCCCCAACAAGGACGACAACACACUCACCAUCUGUGACACUGGCAUCGGGAUGACCAAGGCUGACCUGGUCAACAACCUGGGUACCAUCGCCAAGUCGGGCACACGGCAGUUCAUGGAGGCCCUGCAGGUGAGUUUCUACCACAUUUUGAGCCUCUUGUGAAAAAUUAGUGCUCCUUCCUUUCCCCGUGUUUCUGAAAGUUGGUUUGAGCUCUUCUUGGUGGAAAAAGAACCUGCCCCUUCUUUCACCUCAGAAUGUUUCCUUGGGUGUGUGAAUGCCUUUGCUGGCCGGUUUCAGUCUCCCAUGGAUGUGUGUAGGGUUAGUGUGGGAGAGGCUGGAGUAACUCUCCCCAUAUUCAUGGAGGAUGUGGUGGAAGAGCCUUCUGGAACAUUCCCAGUGUGUACACUAGUCACCCUCAAAAAGGGAUUCCACUGGAGUGAGGUCACCCAUGUGGCAAUUUGUGCCAGCAUUCACUUUCUUUGUGUUCAAGUUUCCCCCAUGUCAGAAUCAGACUCAGAUAUGACUGCAGCAAUGUAUGGAGGACAAGCCAGUCAUUUAUCAUUUACACACAGUACAUACCGCCACUAUUUAGUGCCCCUCCCACCACUCUCUUCCCUACCCCUCUUCCCCUCCCCCUCCUCUCUCCAGGCAGGAGCAGACAUCUCUAUGAUUGGACAGUUUGGAGUGGGGUUCUACUCCUGUUACCUGGUUUCUGACCGUGUCCAGGUCAUCACCAAACACAACGAUGACGAGCAGUACACCUGGGAGUCUUCUGCCGGCGGGUCGUUCACCGUCAAACGAGACGAAACGGAGGGGCUCGGUCGCGGGACGAGGAUCAUCCUCUACAUGAAGGAGGACCAGAUGGAGUACCUAGAGGAGAGGAGGGUCAAAGAGGUGGUCAAGAAACACUCGCAGUUCAUCGGCUACCCCAUCCAACUUCAGGUGAGCUAAGGCUCAGUUUAUACGAUACAGGGAUACACCAGCCUCGUGAGAGAAACUUGUGUUGGUGUGUAAGUCGAUAAAACAUGAAAGCAGGGCCAAAAAGUGUGGUGGUGUUCAUGUGUGACCGUUAACAAUAGUCUAGUACACAGGUUCAUAUUCAGCCUGAAGUAAACCGUUGCUUUCUGUAUGUGGUUCUAUGCAGGUGACAAAGGAGAGGGAAAAGGAGAUUUCUGACGAUGAGGCAGAGGAUGAGGAGAAAGAGGAAAAGAAAGACCAAGAUGCCGAGGAUAAGGAAGAUGAAGCCAAGCUUGAGGAUGUGAGUGACGACGAAGAGAAAGACGACAAGGAGACGGACAAGAAGAAGAAGAAGAAGAUCAAGGAGAAGUACAACGAACUGGAGGAGCUGAACAAGAUGAAGCCCAUCUGGACCCGAAAUCCCGAUGACAUCACCCAGGAAGAGUACGGGGAGUUCUACAAGUCGCUCACCAACGACUGGGAGGACCACCUCGCCGUGAAGCACUUCUCCGUCGAGGGCCAGCUCGAGUUCCGCGCGCUCCUCUUUGUCCCGAAGCGAGCCCCGUUCGACCUGUUUGAGAACCGGAAGGUCAAGAACAACAUCAAGCUGUACGUGAGGCGCGUGUUCAUCAUGGAGAACUGCGAGGAUCUCAUUCCCGAGUACCUCAACUUUGUGAAGGGAGUCGUGGACUCCGAGGAUCUCCCGCUCAACAUCUCUCGCGAGGUUCUCCAGCAGAGCAAGAUCCUCAAGGUCAUCCGCAAGAACAUUGUCAAGAAGUGCCUCGAGCUGUUCAACGGGAUCGCGGAGGACGCAGAGGACUACAAGAAGUUCUACGAGCAGUUCAGCAAGAACCUGAAGCUGGGGAUCCACGAGGACAGCCAGCACCGCAAGAAGCUGGCCGACCUCCUCCGCUACCAUACAUCAGCCAGCGGUGACGAGAGGGUCUCACUCAAAGAUUACGUCGGUCGGAUGAAGGAAAACCAAAAAUGCAUCUACUACAUCACGGGCGAGAACCGCGACCAGGUCUCAAACUCUGCCUUCGUGGAGCGGCUCCGGAAGCGAGGCUACGAGGUGAUCUACAUGGUGGAGCCCAUCGACGAGUAUGGUGUACAGCAGCUGAAGGAGUACGACGGGAAGACGCUCACCAGCGUCACGAAGGAGGGUCUCGAGCUGCCCGAGGAGGAAGAGGAGAAGAAGAAAUUCGAGGAGCUCAAGGCGAAGUUCGAACCGCUCUGCAAGGUGACAAAGGACAUCCUCGACAAGAAGGUCGAAAAAGUGGUCGUAACGCAGAGACUGGUAUCGUCGCCGUGCUGUAUCGUGACCAGCCAGUACGGCUGGACUGCCAACAUGGAGCGGAUCAUGAAGGCCCAGGCGCUGCGGGACACGAGCACCAUGGGCUACAUGGCCGCCAAGAAACACUUUGAGCUCAACCCGGAGCACCCCAUCGUGGAGACGCUGAGGCAGAAGGUGGAGAAUGACAAGAACGACAAGUCGGUGAAGGACCUCGUCAUGUUGCUGUUCGAGACCUCGCUCAUGGCGUCUGGGUUCUCGCUGGACGAACCGCAGACCCACGCCAAUCGCAUCCACCGGAUGAUCAAGUUGGGGCUGGGCAUUGACAUUGACGCUGCAGAUACCGAGGCAGAAGAGACCACUGCCCAAGAGGAGAUGCCUCCACUAGAGGGAGAGGGCGAGGGAGAAGACGACGAUGUGAGAAUGGAGGAGGUCGACUGAGGGAAGAACUGGCUAUUGACAACAUGCUGACUAGAGACCAAUAAAUUCGAUCAUAAUCCACAGUUUUAUGUUGUGUACCCAGCCUUUUAUGUCUAUGUGUAUAUUUGCCCAAUUGUAUGCUGCAUAAUAUAAUCAGUGAUAGAUCGAAGGUGGGCUCUGUUUAGAAUGGGAGAUAGGCUUAGUUCAGUAUGGUGGGUGAUCAGAAGUGAUUGUUCUGUAGGUGUUAAGAGGUUAACUCUUCUUGUUGGAGGUUGGUGGUGAUGACAGCUGCCAAGGUCUGCAGUCUGAUGAGAGCAAGGCUCAUCUCUUCCUCAGUGCUACUGGGAGGAGGGUGUGUGGCUUCAACACAUACACCUGAGUCAAUGCUGGAGUGAAGUACACAUAGCCAAUCACGGGCAAAUUUAAAUAGCAGGCACAAAAUGUACCUCCAUCUCAUACAAGCAAGUACAUAAAGAAUACAACCUCUUUAAAAGACAAAGCAACAGGAGCUAACCUUGUUUCUAUACUCUGCCCAUG